AUGCUACUAGCUAAGUCCAUCCCCUGCGACUGUGAGAUAUCACACUGGGGCGGAACCGCUGCUCGCAAAGGCAAACGUGGCACAAGUCUGCAAAGGCCAGGAGCACCGCCUGGUAUUACCGGCGGCGGCGGAGGCAAUGGUGAUUCUCCAGAGGGCAACAACAACAACAACAACAACAGAGGUCCUCCAGGAGGAAACAACCCGGGUAGGGGUUCUGACGAUGGCGAUGGUGACCCUGGCUCAGGCGGCCCUGGAGAUAUGGCGAUGGACGUCCAAUUAGAGACAGGAUUCUCGAUGAACUAA